GCAAUGAGAAUCCGCUUUGCCCCCCUCCGUAUCCCCCUGGAGCGCAGGCUUCAGACCCUGGGGGUUCUCCAAUGGAUCUUCUCCUUCCUGGCUCUCGCACAGUGCUGCCUGGUCAUUUUUGUCCUGCUGUUCCUCACCGAUUACUGGUAUAUCGCUGCGAUUUAUGCCGGAUGGUUACAUUUGGACCGGGAGACGCCAAGGAGCGGGGGUCGGAGGUCAGCCUGGGUCCGGAGUUGGGCGGUGUGGCGGUACUUUCGUGACUACUUCCCGAUCACGCUGGUAAAGACAGCAGAAUUGGAUCCAAAACACAACUAUCUAUUUGGCUUCCACCCACACGGGGUCCUUGUGGCCGGAGCUUUUGGCAACUUCUGCACCGAAGCUACCGGCUUCUCUGGUCUCUUCCCCGGCCUCACCUCCUACCUCCUGAUGCUGCCGUUCUGGUUUAAGGUGCCAUUUUACCGAGAGUAUAUCAUGUGUGGAGGACUGGUCUCUUCAGAGAAGAAGAGUGCCAAUUACAUUCUGAGCCAAGAGGGUGGUGGUCACGUGGCAGUGUUGGCAGUGGGAGGUCCCCCGGAGUCGCUGGAUGCCCGUCCAGGUGCCCUGAAGCUGCGGGUGCUGGGGAGGAAGGGGUUCAUCAAAUUGGCGCUGAAGACCGGUGCCCACCUCGUGCCCGUGUUUUCCUUUGGCGAGAACGAGCUCUUCAACCAAGUGGAGAACCCACCUGGGUCCCGUCUGAGGGCGAUACAGGACAAGCUGCAGAAGGUGAUGGGGUUGGCUCUGCCCCUCUUCCACGCCCGAGGGGUAUUUCAGUACAACUUCGGACUCGUGCCCUUCCGUAACCCUGUCCACACUGUCGUGGGAAAGCCGAUCGUUGUGGAGCGGAAUGUGAGUCCAUCGCGGGAGGAUGUUGAGAAGCUCCAUGGGGAAUACCUAGCUCAGCUUGUGGCUCUAUUUGAAGAGAAUAAGACUAAGUAUGGCAUUGCAGAGAGUAGUCACUUGGAGCUGGUGUAGAGAGACUGGCAGUGUGCCCGCACACGUACAGACACACUUUUGUAAUGCCAUUCAGACUGGCAUCGUCCUGCUGUCAGUCCCCAAUAAACACCGGCUCCCUGUG